CUGAAUCUAAUCUAAUGGUUAAGUUGAAGAAGCAGACAACAACAAAUGCUCUCUUCAGCAACAAAGAACUCAUAAACUUGAUCUGAUCAUCAACCCUAGAUUUUCCAGGGACUACAAAAUUAAGGAUCUCUUCCAUGGCGUGUCGCAACGCCAAUCUCUUAUCCCUCUUGUAUUUACUGUCUUUCGCUCUAAUCGCCAUCGCCGGGAAGAGUUACUAUGAUAUUCUUCAAAUUCCCAAGGGAGCUUCAGAUGAGCAAAUUAAAAGAGCUUACAGAAAGCUUGCCUUGAAGUAUCAUCCUGAUAAGAACCAGGGGAACGAGGAAGCCACCAAGAAAUUUGCAGAGAUUAACAACGCUUAUGAAGUGCUAUCGGACAGCGAAAAGAGAGGCAUAUAUGAUAGGUAUGGUGAAGAGGGUCUCAAGCAGCAGGCUGCCAAUGGUGGAAGAGGAGGAGGUGGAAUGAAUAUGCAGGACAUUUUUAGCUCCUUCUUUGGAGGCGGGUCUGCAGAAGAAGAAGAAGAGAAAAUUGUAAAAGGGGAUGAUGUAAUAGUUGAAUUGGAUGCUUCAUUGGAAGAUUUGUACAUGGGAGGAACUUUGAAUGUAUGGAGGGAGAAGAACAUUCUAAAACCAGCCCCUGGUAAGAGACGCUGCAACUGUCGGAAUGAAGUUUACCACAGACAAAUUGGACCAGGAAUGUUCCAGCAGAUGACAGAGCAGGUCUGUGAACAAUGCGCAAAUGUCAAAUUUGAAAGGGAAGGAAGCUUCAUUACUGUUGAUAUUGAGAAAGGAAUGCAGGAUGGCCAGGAGGUGGUCUUUUACGAGGAUGGUGAGCCUAAAAUAGAUGGUGAACCCGGUGAUUUGAAGUUCCGAAUUCGCACAGCACAACACGAUUGCUUCCGUAGAGAAGGCAAUGACCUCCACACAGUUGCCAAUAUAACUCUGGUGGAGGCUCUUGUAGGUUUUGAGAAAAACAUCAAACAUCUUGAUGAACAUUUGGUGGAAAUUGGCUCCAAGGUUAUAACGAAACCGAAGGAAGUUCGGAAGUUCAAAGGAGAGGGGAUGCCUUUGCAUUUUAGUAACAAGAAAGGAGAUCUGUAUGUUGCUUAUGAGGUUAUUUUCCCGAAAUCGUUGACAGAAGAGCAGAAGAAGAAGAUAAAGGAAAUACUAGUGUAGAAGAAGUAGAGCAUUGAAUGAAAUUUUGAAAUUCUCAAAUUUAAUCUUUGUUUGUUUAGAUAUUUUUAAUGUAAUAAUAUGUAGUUAAAAUUCUUACCCCCCAUCAUCAUCAUCAACUCCAUUUUUAUUCCACCAUACUCUUUGAAAUAUGAUUUUCUUAUUCUGGGAUUCCAUAUUUUAUAAUAUUACAAUAUUAUUAUGCCUC